AUGUACGCAUCAAGUCAAUUGAUUCGCGCAAAAGAACAAGGGAGGACAGAUUCACGUAUCCCCAUUCCGAUAGAGGAGAAUAUAGGAGAUCCUGACAUUGAAAAAAGUCAUCAAUUGACUAUCAACGAAGAUUUAAUUGAACCGGAAAGGUUUCUCAGACUGAAAGGGUGUCUAGAAAACAAGUCUAAUGGCACGGACAUUUGUGACGAACUCUUGAAAGAAAUGGAUCCAAUUAUUCGACUGCCACCUGUACAGUUUCAAAAGCUUUGCAAGCAAUUUGAUAUGUCCCAACUAAGCGACGACACGCUCCGUGUGUUCUGUAAUGAAUUGGUUAAGCGGGAUGAUAUCAUAUUUCAGAAUUACGUUAUAUUAUUCAGGAUGGCUUACUUGGAUAAAAUUCGUCAACUAGCCUCUAUGCCUUCCAGAAGCCUUAUUUCUAGUAUUCUGAACAUUGCUCGCAUCAAGGGCAGAGCUCUUGUCGAAGCACUAUUGCUACCCUUAUUGAACGAUGCAAAUAGCAUAGGCAUCCAAUAUCAAGUUAACUCACUUUGUUUCUACACGUCAAAAGGACGCCCACAACUCGAUAUAAUACAAAAAGUUAAUAAGCAGGGCUUGGACGAAAUAUCUAUACUGGCUAUUCUAAGGGUGAUCACACAGGAAACACGUUCAACAUCGAGCGGGCACACGAUGACCGAUCCAAACAGUACAUACGACAGAUGUUUCUCUGAAGCAAUUGUAGAGACAAUUAUUGCUAUUCUUGACCAAAAGUUUCAUAUUGAUGAUACUCAGUUAAUGAGACAAUUCCUCUUGCGUCUCGAAGCCAGCAUUGAAUUACAGCCAGACAACAAAAAGCUAGCACAAAUAUUGCUUUUGCUUGUUACUAAGCACAGUGUUGAUCUUCUUCAAGAACUUCAAUAUGUUAAAGAAAUAGCUGAAAAGACAAAAACAUUUCUGAAAAGGACAGUCCUAAGCCAUAUAGCUAAUUUGGAAAAAAACGUUUGA